AUGAAGAUGCUAACAAAGUUUGAGUCCAAAUCUACCAGAGCUAAGGGGAUUGCUUUCCAUCCCUCAAGGCCAUGGGUUUUGGUGGCUCUAUUCUCAUCUACAAUUCAGUUAUGGGAUUAUAGAAUGGGAACACUUUUACACAGAUUUGAAGAUCACGAAGGUCCAGUUCGUAGUGUAGAUUUUCAUCCAACUCAACCAAUCUUCGUCUCUGGUGGUGAUGAUUACACCAUCAAAGUCUGGUCUUUAGAGACAAAUAAGUGUCUUUACACAUUAAACGGCCAUUUGGAUUAUAUCCGUACUGUCUUCUUUCAUAAGGAAUUACCAUGGAUCAUCUCUGCAUCUGAUGAUCAAACAAUUAGAAUCUGGAAUUGGCAAAAUAGGAAGGAAAUUGCCUGUUUAACAGGUCAUAAUCAUUUCGUCAUGUGUGCUCAAUUCCACCCAACCGAUGAUCUUGUCGUGUCUGCCUCUUUGGAUGAAACGAUUAGAGUUUGGGAUAUUUCAGGUUUAAGAAAGAAGCAUUCUGCUCCUGGAACUUCCACUUUUGAUGAUCAAAUGGCUGCUCAACAGAAUUUAUUAGAUGGUGGGUUUGGUGACUGUGUAGUUAAAUUUAUUUUGGAAGGUCAUACUAGAGGUGUUAAUUGGGCUUCUUUCCAUCCAACUUUACCAAUGAUUGUAUCAGGUAGUGAUGAUCGUCAAGUAAAAUUAUGGAAGUAUAAUUCCACUAAAGCUUGGGAGGUAGAUACUUGCAGAGGUCAUACUAAUAACGUGGACUGUGUUAUAUUCCAUCCAACACAAAAAUUCAUCCUUUCUGUCGGUGAGGAUAAGACUUUGAGAAUUUGGGAUUUAGAUAAGAGGAUCCCUGUGAAACAAUUUAAGAGAGAAAAUGACAGAUUCUGGUUAAUUGCAAGCCAUCCAAAUAUCAACUUAUUCGGUGCUGCUCAUGAUGCAGGUAUUAUGGUAUUCAAAUUGGAUCGUGAAAGACCAUGUAACGUCAUUUAUCAAAAUCAACUGAUCUUUGUUAAUAAGGAGAAACACGUACAAAUGUUUGAUUUCCAAAAGAAAGUUGCAUCACUACCAUUUGCAUCAUUAAAAAUUUGUGGUCGUAUUUGGGAUGCAUUUAGAAGCAUCUCCUACAACCCAUCUCAGAAUUCUCUUCUGAUCAACACUGGUAAGAACUCCUUUGCCCUCGCUACCCUACCAAAGGAAGCUACUGGGGCAAUUCCAGUCCAUCUUGAGUUUGAAGACGAUGGUUCAUCUGUUUUAUUUGUCGCUCGUAACAGAUUUGUUGUUUAUGUUCAGGAUACUCAAACAAUUGAAGUUCGUAAUUUAGAAAAUAAGUGUACCAAAAAAAUUAAGAUCGACGAUACCGUAAAGGAUAUCGUUCAAGCUGGUCCAGGCCAUAUCUUAAUUCUAUUACCAAAGAAAGUUCUCUUGUGUGACAUUCAACAAGGUAAGAUCAUAACUGAAAUAGCUGCCAAGAACGUCAAGUAUGUUGCCUGGUCGUUAGAUAAUCAAUACGUCGCUUUAAUGAGUAAACACACCAUCACAAUGGCAACGAAAAAGCUAGAAAUGAUUAAUUCCAUGCAUGAAACAAUUAGAAUCAAGAGUGCAGCUUGGGAUGAAACUGGUGUUUUUAUUUAUUCUACUUUAAACCACAUCAGAUAUGCUCUCUUAAAUGGUGAAAGAGGUAUUAUUAAAACCUUAGAGAAAGCUUUAUAUAUUGUUAAAGUUCAAGGCCAAUACUUGUACGCUUUGAAUCGUGAAGGUGAAGUUGAAAUCUUAACCAUCGAUCCAACUGAAUAUCGUUUCAAGAAGGCAUUGGCUAAUAAAAAUUUCCCAGAAGUUUUACGUAUUAUCAAAAAUUCUAAUUUGGUCGGCCAAAAUAUCAUCUCUUACUUACAAAAAUCUGGAUACCCUGAAAUUGCUCUACAAUUUGUUGAGGACCCUCAAGUUCGUUUCGAUUUAGCUCUAGAGUAUGGUAACCUAGAAGUGGCUUUAGAUGAAGCAAAGAAAUUGAACAGUUCUGCAAUUUGGGAGAGGUUGAAUAAGGCUGCUCUUGAACAAGGUAACGUUUCUUUAGUGGAAAGAAUUUAUCAAACUCAAAGUUCUUUCGAUAGAUUGUCAUUCUUAUACCUUUUGACAGGUGAUCGUUCAAAAUUACAAAAGAUGGGAACAAUUGCAGAGAAUCGUGAGGAUGUCCCAAGCAUGAUCUUGAAUUCUAUUUACAGUAACUCUACCGAGUCAAGAGCAAAGAUUUUUGCUGAAGCUGGUUCGUUGUCAUUAGCCUAUGCUGUUGCCAAGGCUAAUGGAGAUGAUGAGACUGCUGCUUCCUAUUUGGAACAAGCUGAAUUAGAUGAACAAGAUGUAGUCCUACCAGACCAUUUACAACCAUCUAACUCUGUCAAGAGCCCAGCGAUAACUGAACCAUUUGGAGAUUGGCCUUUGAGAGAAGCUGAAUUAUCCUAUUUCGAAAAGGCUGUUUUGGGUCAAAUUGAAGACCUUGACAUUGAGGAACCUUCUUCAGCAGAAGCAGCAGCUACUUCUAUGAGCGCUGAAGGUGAAUUUAUGGAUCAAGAAAGCGAAGAGGAAGAAGAAGAGGAAGAGGAAGUUGCAGACGCCUGGAACUUAGAAAAUGAAGAUCUUGAUAUUCCUGAAGAAGAAGGAGAAACUGAAGCUCCAGAAAAAGAGGAAACGCUUGCAGCUGAAGGAACUGAGGUGUCCAAGUGGGUCAAGAAUUCCAAAUUACCAGCUGUUUUAGUCGCUUCUGGUGCAUUUGAGGCGGCGGCUCAAGCUUUGAACAAACAAGUGGGUAUUGUUGAAUUCGAACCUUUAAGAAAAUAUUUCAUUGAAAUAUACGAGAGUUGUAGGACGUACUUAUCUGCAACCCCUAAUGAGCUUCCACCAUUGGUCGGGUACAUUCGUUUGAACCCAGAACUGGAAGACUCAGAUGCACUACCUUUCAUUAGAGUUACAGAAGUUAUUACUGAAAAGCUAAAUGAUGGGUUUAAGCACUUCAAGGCAAACAAAUUGGAAUUAGCUAUUGAAUCCUUCCGUGAAGUCAUUUAUUACGUUGUACUAAGUGCCUUGGGAAAUGAUACUGAGGAGGAAGCUGCUCGUAACGCUUUAUUAACGGCUAGAGAAUACAUUCUCGGUCUAUCUAUUGAACUAAAGCGUCGUUCGCUUGCAACUGAAGAUGUUAAACGUAAUCUAGAGUUAGCUGCAUACUUUACCACGGCGAAGUUAUCACCUGCUCAUCGUACUAAUGCUCUACAAGUGGCCAUGUCUCAAAAUUUCAAGCACAAGAACUACGUACAGGCUUCUUAUUUUGCUGGGGAAUUCCUAAAAAUCACGACAAGUGGUCCACGUGCUGAUCAAGCCCGUAAGAUCAAGGACAGAGCCGACUCCAUUGCUCAUGAUGCUAUUGAGCUGGAUUUCGACCCAUAUGCUAAGUUCUCUAUUUGUGCAGCUACCUAUACCCCAAUUUACAAAGAUUCUCCAAGUGUGACAGAUCCGCUAACAGGAGCUAAAUACCAUAGCUCUGAAAAGGAUACAAUCGACAAGAUCGCGGGUAUUUCAAAAGUGGGUGCAUCUGCAUCAGGUUUGAGAAUACGUCUAUGA